CAAUGCCAUCGGCGCUCUCGUUUUAUGUUGUGACACUAUACAAUACACAACUCAUGGUAUGAGUAUGGAUGUCCGAGUGGUCUAAGUGCUACACUUAUACUCUAAAGGAGAGCACCUUGGACCAAGAUGGCAUUCCGGAUGGACUAAUAAAUGAGCCAUUGCUACUUCCGAGGUGGUGCUGAUCAGGCUGUUUUGAAAUUUCAUGGCUAAGAUCACUCAGCCAUCCGUGCUCAAGUACAAAGCUGGGUUCAAGUAUUCGACACUGAUGUUUUACAUCAUGGAUUGUCGGCUCAGAAAUGGAUGUGUUAUAUUCCCGAUUAUUUUGCUGAUCAUCAGUUCCCAUAACCGCAUCUGCCAGGAAUUGCGUGAUGAACCAGUUAUUUGUGUGGAUAGUCGUACUACUGCUAGCACAGCGGCCAUGUUUCACUUACGGAGGUUACACUUUCUUGCAGACGUUACUGGACUCUGCCUGGGUCACCAAGGUCAACAGCCUGGCAAUAGAAGUCGAAGAAGACAUAUCAAAUCCCUGUUGUUCGUUUCCGUGUGAAAAUCGUGGAAUCUGCAUGACACAAGGUGUGGGAAGUUUUAUGUGCGAUUGUGAAGGGACAGGAUUUUAUGGAAAAUUUUGUGAAAAACCAACGUUCUGGAAGCGAAUUGUGACAUUCAUACGGCCUGAUCCUGAAUGGCUGCAUGCGUUGCUAACAGAGGACAGAUACGAAUGGAUCUGGAGCUUCGUGAAUGCCUUCACUCCACUGUCAGAACUAUUGAUGAAAAGAAUAUACCUCAUCCGAGGAGCUAUGGUUGAUUCUCCACCAUUGUUCAACUCGGAGCACGACUAUACCACGUAUGAUGUGUACAGUAACACUUCAUAUUUUGCCAGGGCUCUACCCCCUGUACCCAGGGAUUGCCCCACCCCACUGGGGGUUGUCGGGCCAAAAGAACUUCCAGACGCGAACCUGAUAGUUCAAACGCUGAUGAAGCGGACCCAGUUUAAGCCUGAGACCAUGGGAUCCAAUGCACUGUUCACAUUCUUUGCACAACAUUUCACACAUCAGUUCUUCAAGACAGACUUCAGGAGGGGGCCUGGCUUUCAAUGGGGAGGACAUGGGGUUGAUGUCUCACAUGUCUACGGCAAGGACAAACAUGUUGAGAACUUGCUGAGAAGUUUCACAGACGGAAAAUUAAAAAUGCAGACUAUGAAUGGUGAGACGUGGCCCAUGCUUGUGAAGGAUGUAGACAUCCAGAUGACAUACCCACCCAACGUGCCUGAGGAGAUAAGGUUUGCACUGGGACACAAAGAUUUCGGCUUGCUGCCAGGCUUGUUCAUGUACGCCACAAUCUGGAUGCGGGAGCACAACAGAGUCUGUGACGUUCUGAAAGUGGAACAUCCUGAGUGGGAUGACGAGAGAUUGUUUCAGACUGCCAAACUUGUUAUUUUAGGUGAAACCAUAAAGAUAGUUGUAGAAGACUACGUACAGCAUUUGAGUAACUACAACUUCAAGUUGACAUUUAAACCGGAACUACUUUUUGGGGAAGCACAUCAGUAUUCCAAUCGGAUCACCGCAGAGUUCAACCACAUGUAUCAUUGGCACCCGCUUAUGCCAGAGGAGUUCAAUAUCUCAGGGACUACUUAUGGUGUCAAAGAUUUUCUGUUCCGUCCAGAUAUAGUCAUUAAACAUGGCAUGAGGAAUUUUGUGGAUGGAAUGGUGCAUCAAAGAGCAGGGGCUUUUACUCAUCAUAAUCACAACCAGUACACCCUGCACGUUGCCAAAGAGACUAUAGAGCAUGGGCGUACGCUGCGCUACCAGUCGUUUAACCAGUACAGGAAGCGCUUCAGUCUGCCACCCUACAAGACCUUCGAGGAUCUCACUGGAGAUGAGGAGGUUGCAUUGCAACUGUCAGAGCUGUACGGGGGAGAUAUCGAAGCCGUGGAGUUUUACGUCGGAAUCGUCGUGGAGAAAACACGUCCAAAGGCAAUGUUCGGUUCUACAGUUAUUGAGCUUGGGGGACCUUUUUCAGUUAAGGGGCUGUUGUCGGCCCCUAUAUGUUCAAGACAGUAUUGGAGACCAUCAACGUUUGGGGGUGAGGUGGGGUUUGAUAUCGUGAAAACAGCGACAUUAGAAAAACUGUUUUGCCAAAAUCUUGGCGAGUCUGAUUGCCCAACAAUCGCAUUUAAAGUUCCCAGUGAGGUUGUUGACACAGACCUAACAGGUAACACAGAAUUGUAGCAUUAUUUAAAAAAAAAAAUAUUUGUAGGAAAGACUAGACAUUCUUAAGUGUUUCAAUUUAUUUAUUGGAUUUUAGCGCUUCGUACAUAAGUAAACACUUGCAAUUAAAAUUGACCUUUACAAUAAAUAUCGAACAAAAGAUUUUGGUAAAAAACGUAAAUAUGUGUUUAUCACUAUUUUUGUCAUCAUUUUCAUUUUUAGUAAUUUUGUCAAACAUAUUUUUGUUUUGAAUCCAUAUCUUUGAAUUUUUAGCUCACCUGAUUGCUCAGGUGAGCUUUUGUGACCGGUCUUUGUCCUUUGUAUGUCCGUCAGUCCGUUAACAUUUGCUUGUAAGCACUCUAGAGGCCACAUUUCUUGUCCCAUCUUCAUGAAACUUGGUCAGAAUCUUUGUCCCAAUGAAAUCUCGGCCGAGUUCAAAACUGGGUUGUGCCGGGUCAAAAACUAGGUCACUAGGUCAAAAAAAAGAAAAACCUUGUUAACACUGUAGAAGUCACAUUUCAUGCCCAAUCUUCAUGUAACUUUGUCAAAAUGUUUGUCUUAAUGAUAUCUUGGUUGAGUUCAAAAGUUGUUUCAGAUACGUGGGCGGGGCAGUUUUCCUUAUUUGGCUUCAUGUAACUUUGUCAAAAUGUUUGUCUUAAUGAUAUCUUGGUUGAGUUCAAAAGUUGUUUCAGAUCCGUGGGCGGGGCAGUUUUCCUUAUUUGGCUAUAGAGAAACCUUGUAAACACUCUAGAAGUCACAAUUUUUGCCCAAUCAUCAUGAAAGUUGGUCAAAACAUUGGUUCAAUUGAUGUCUCGGACGAGUUUGAAAAUGGUCGAGAUCGGUGAAAAAACAUGGCUGCCAGUGGGCGGGGCAUUUUUCUCAAUAUGUUUAUAGUGGCAGUUUUUUCUAUUUGGCUAUAGAGAAACCUUGUAAACACACUAAAAGCACAAUUUUUGCCCAAUCAUCAUCAAAGUUGGUCAAAACAUUGGUUUUAUUGAUAUCUCAGACGAGUUUGAAAAUGGUCGGGAUCGGUGAAAAACAUGACCGCCAGUGGGCGGGGCAUUUUUCUCUAUAUGUAUAUACUGAAAACAUGUGAACACAGUAGAAGUCACAUUUUUGGCCCAAUUUUCAUGAAACUUGCUCAGAACAUUUGUUUCCUUGAUACGAGAGUUGAGUUCAAAAAUGGUUCCGGUCAGUUGAAUAACAUAGCUGCUGGGAGGGGGGCAGUUUUCUCAUUAUGCCCUCCCACUUUCGAAGAAGAGGGGGUAUAUUGUUUUGCUCAUGUUGGUCCGUCUGUCCACCAGAUGGUUUCCGGAUGAUAACUCAAGAGCGCUUAUGCCAAGGAUCAUGAAACUUCAUAGGUACAUUGAUCAUGACUCGCAGAUGACUCCUAUUGAUUUUCAGGUCACUAGGUCAAAGGUCAAGGUCACAAUGACCCGAAAUAGUAAACUGGUUUCCGGAUGAUAACUCAAGAAUGCUUACGCCUAGGAUCAUGAAACUUCAUGGUACAUUGAUCAUGACUCGCAGAUGAAAUAAUGAUGAAACUUGACCAGGAUGUUUGUCUGGACAAUAUCUAGGUCAAGUUUGACAUUUGGUAAAGAUUGAAUGAACCGACUCCUCUCAGGUGAGCGAACUAGGGCCAUCUUGGCCCUCUUGUUUUAUUUUUGAAGUAAAUACUCUCACUAUUCCAAAGUAUGUUUUUAUCUCAAGUACAUUGCUAAAUGUUUUAUGAUGUGACCAUUUUGAAUCUAUUAUGUUAUUUAAUAUGUGAUUAUUAUGGAGGUUGUGUAUUUAUCUGUGAUUUUUGUUUACUUUCUUUUAUAUUGUUAGGAUUUAUUUAAUUGUUAUGAUUCUCCCAAUUUUAUGUAUAUAUGUGUGUGUGUGUGUACAGAAACCAAUUAGAAGAAUCAUAUUAAUCUAAAUUAUUGGGAGAGAACAUGGUUAAAAUGUGUUGUUUUUUUUUUGGUAUUUUUUUUUUUUAAACACCUGCAAUAAGCAAUCUAUAAAAUCCUUUUUUUGUAUUUUUGAUAUUCUAGUAGUGUUUUGUACCGGAUGGUUUUGUUUAACGUUAACCAGCUCUAAAUUGUAUUCUAAGUAAUAUACUACAUGUAUUUUGUUUUUUAAGUUUUUACACCUUGAAUACAAUUAUUCAUUUAUUUGUUUAGAAAUGGAUAAUACAGCUGAUCCAUUUUUGGGGGUUAUUCAUUUAUAAAUACAGCACGAUGGCAAAUCCAUUUGGUUUGGUUACUUAAUGGGUAAAGUGAUAUAUUGUUUUUUGUUUUUGUUCAAUAUCUAUGUGGAAUGUUUUAAAAGUGCAAUCAUGUAAACACUUGUGUCAAGUUAUUUCUUAUAUAAAUAUAAAUUAUAUAAUUUGUAAUAAACUUUCAAACUUUUAGGGAUAGUCCAUGGCCACAUUUAUGGCAAAGGAAAUAACAUUGAACAGUUAAAAUAAUAAAAAGACAUAUAUUUUUGUAAAUAAUUAGUUUAAGAUAUGAUUCAGAUAUGUUGCAUAUUUUUGAACUUCACUCAUGGAAGUAUUUUAAUGUCAAUUGUUUAAUAAUUUUCAUAGUUCUGUCAAUCUCUGUUUACGCAUAACAAAUGAGUAUAUUUUCAAAAAGUUGUGUCUUAUUGUAUGUUUUACUGUUUAUUUAUAUAUAUGGCAUUCAUGAUUAACAUAUUGUUUACAUAUAAUUCAAACACAAAUAUUAGUGUUCAUGAAUAGAGGGCUACACUUUUCUGAUCUUUGCAUUUUUAGCGUAUAAUGCUUACUGACAACAUUUAAUAUCAAUUUCAUGCAUUGUUUAUUUCUCAUGUCCUUCAUCAUUUUUAUGGCAUGAUAUACUUAUUUUAAAGACAAAUCAAUGAAGGUCGAUGUAACUUGUCAUUAACACGACAUUAAAUAAUUAAAUACAUUCAAGAAGUUUAGUUAUUUUUCAUUUCAUUUUUCAUUUGCAUAAUUUUUAAAUUAACUUCAAUGAAGACCAUGUGAAUGUUUCAAUAUAAUUUAUUAACUUAUUUACCUUUUUUUGUUCAUUACGUCAAACUCAUUUCAAGAGUGAUUCUUUUAAGUCUUGUGCAAUACUCAUUUAUGGGCAUCCUAGGAAAGUUUGUUAAAACAUUUGAGUCGUGUUCUGAGAAAACUGGGCAUAAUGCAUGUGCUUAAAGUGUUGUCCCAGAUUAGCCUGUGCAGUCCGCACAGGCUAAUUAAGGACAACACUUUCCGCUUUUAUGACAUUUUUCGUUUAAAUGAAGUCUCUUCUUAGCAAAAAUCCAAUUUAGGCGGAAAGUGUCGUCCCCGAUUGGCCUGUGCAGACUGCACAAGCUAAUCAGGUACGACAAUUUACACACAUGCAUUAUUCCCAGUUUUCUCAGAACACAAAACAUUUCUGACUUCAAUAGCUAGAAUUUCCAUGGUAGAAACUUUGAUAGAUAACUAUGGUUUGUACCAAGUAUAUCGUUAAGCUCAUGUGAGCACAAAAUGAUCAAGGUGAGCAUUUGUGAUUUUAUGUCCAGUUUCCUGCGGUUUAUAACGUCAACUAUUAGAGCGUUAACCCUUUCAGUGCUGGAACCGAAUUUUAAAGGCCUUUGCAAACAGUUUGGAUCCAGAUGAGAAGCCACAGAAUGUGGCGUCUCAUCAGGAUCCAAACUGUUUGCUAUUCUGAUAGUAUUCUUUGAAAAAAAAUCAAAGAAAAUGCUAAUUUUAGAAAUUCAGCAGACGACAAUUUAGCAGAUGACAAAUUUCCCAGCAUGCAAAGGGUUAAUACUCUAAAAAGACAUACUUUUCUGGUUGGCACUUUGUAAGAAUGUUUAUUGACAAUAUCUAGAGCGUGGUCAAAUCAUUGCCACAUGUCAACUAAACAAGGUCACGAAAUCAAAUCUUAGUUAAACGUUCUUUCCCCUAUAUACAUCAAAUGAAUGAUUAAAAUUUGAUGAAACUACAUCAGACUGUUUAUCUUGACAAUAUCUUAGCUAGGUUCAUAUUGGGUUACACUUGUCAAAAAAAUAGUUCAGCAGUUAAAACAAAUUACAACCCUAAAAGCCACAUUAAAGACUUUAUCUUGACGAGACAUUGUCAGAAUUUCUCACCAUAUCAAGGCCACAUGUGAGUCUGGUUCAACUUGGAUGAAAGUAUAGGAUCAUCAGGUAAUUUCUCUGACUUGGUUUGAAUUUGAACUCAGGUGAGCACUCCAGGGCCAUCAUAUGAGUCGCGUUCUGAGAAAACGGGGCAUAAUGCAUGUGCUAAAAUGUCGUCCCUAUCAGGGACGACACUUUUUGCCUAAACUUGAUUUUCGGUAAGGAGGGACUUGCUUGAAACUAAAAAUACCAUAAAAGGGGAAAGUGUCAUCCCCGAUUAGCCUGUGCGGACUGCACAGGCUAAUCUGGGAUGACACUUUAUGCACAUGCAUUAAGUCCAGUUUUCUCAGAACGCGGCUCAAUUUUAUCAUGUGGAUGAUAUCCUUUUUUUUUGGUUUUAAUUCAGAUGUACUGGUUAUUGAUAUUAAUGCAUUAAAUGAGAAUAAACCAUACAACAAAACGUCAUAUUAUUAUGUUAAUUCCUUCCUUUUUAUCUCCCCUUUAAUUUUGCAUAAUGACCUUUAAGGUAUGAAGAUGCCUGUUAAACACCAAAUGCUGUCUCCUCAUUUAUGGCAAGUCGUUUAAGAUGAAUGACAAAACUACAGUCCAUUCUAGCUGUUGUAAAUUGACCUUUGAAUUCAAGUGUGACCUUGAACAAGGUAGAAUGACCGACAUCACACGUGAUGCACAAGCACGCAAAUACACUUGACUGUUGUACAGGCUUCCUCUACAAAUGUUCCAAACAAGCUUACAGCUGCAUAUUGACCCAUUUUAUUACAACUUUUUUUUUGCUAAAUACAAAAAAGCCAAAAUGAGAAGAAUUAUGACAAACAAUAACAAUUUGGCUUUUUUGCAAGGGGAAGCCUUCCAUUGCGACUGCUAUAAUAAGCUCUUAGCUAGUUGGUGCAAGAAAAAACAAUUAGUUCUUAAUAACUUAUAAAUUCUGUCAUAGAUAUUCUUCACAAUUAUUACUCUAUUACUCUAUCAAUUAAAAUGCUUCCCAAUAGCUACCUAUAUGGAAUUUUUUUGCUCGAAACAUUAAAUGUUUUUGAUCAGGUGCAAUAGAAAAUUAUACAACAGACAAAUAACAUUGACACUCAAAAUAGUUAAUAAUUAAUUUAAAUGCGUAAUUUCACAAUAACAAACCCAUCCUUCAAACCAAAGGCACAAAUGCUUUUAAAAACAAUAAGGUCAAGCUUCAAACACAUAAAAAUUCAUUUAAAAAAUGUAAGUGAAUGCUCAACUAUAAGGUUGAACAAUCCAACACAAUCAAAAGUAAUAUUUUUUGUCACAUGCCAUACCCUGUUUUAUAACCAUAACAUAUAUUUUUAUCUUACACAUGUGUAAAACAUUGUGUACACACCGGUCUUACUGACAAUAACGUAGUGACGUCACCAUCUAUGUAUAGAAUGAUGUGUAAUAUACUUUUUAAGCGUU